UUUAGUUUAAAUUAUUUGUUUAUUUGAUUAGAUGAUCGUGGAUGGUCAGAUUGGCAACCAUUUUCUGAAUGUAAAGGUAUACCAUGUAGUAUCGGUCGUCAGAAACGCGUACGUACAUGUCUUAAUCCACCAACUAUUACAAAUCGUCCUAGUUGCGAUGGUGAUCAGAUACAAGAAAGAGAAUGUCAAGUCGCAUGUCCAAAAGAUUUACCAGCUCCUUCAGGUGUACUUGUACCAACAGAUGAUGGCUUUUCUGAUUGGUCUUCAUGGACAGAUUGCACAGGAGUAGUAUGUAAAACGGGUCGUCAACAACGUAUGCGAACUUGUUUAAAACAAUCAGUAACCGAUGGAAAAAAACCUAUUUGUGAUGGUGAAUUAAUACAAGAACGUGAUUGUCUUGUAUCUUGUUCGAAUAAAACUUCAUCAUCAUCAAAUGCUCCCGUUCGUCCAUUGUCAAGUGGUACGUAUACAAAUUGGACUGAAUGGUCGACUUGCCGAUCAUCGGAUUGUACAUCAAUGCGUACGCGGCAAUGUUUACAAGAGCCAUGUCUCGAUUAUUUAGUUGAAAGUCGACCAUGCAAAGGAAAUCAUUGUUCAAAUAUUAAUAAUGGUAGAAAUACUACGACUCUUGUUUCAUCGUCUGCUCUUAAUGUGAUCGUUUAUUCAUCGAUUAGUAUCGGUACACUCAUCUUUCUUUUACUGACCAUAUUAUUUUUUUUAAUUUGUUGGCGUCGUCGACAACGUUUAACAUCAAAAAAAGGUUUAUCAACAUGUAUAACAUCAAAAGGUACAAGUAGUAAUGGUAGUAGUCAUAUAGGCGUUUGUCAUAGUGAUAAAACUGAAUAUCCAUUUUAUUAUUCAAUACAACAAGAUACAACAUCAACAAGAUCAUGUGUAUCACAAAAUAAUUCUGUUUCAUUAACAAAUUUCGAUUCCGGAAUAGAAAAAGAAAAAUUACUUGUAUCAAAUGAUUCGCCAUUGAAUAGGCAACUUUACGCAACUAAAUCAUCUAUACAUCCUAUAACAUUAAGUACAUCAAGUUAUACAUCGAAUCAUAUACAAUAUCCAUCAUUAGCAAGUCAACCAAUAUCAAAUGAAAAUCAUCUAAAUUUAAUCUAUGAAAAUAUUCUUCAAUCGUUACCAGAACAUACGGAUUUACGUUAUUUUGCUGUUUCAAUACUUAAUAAUAAGGGUUGUCGUCUUGAAAUUCCUAAUACAGGUGUAACAUUAAUAAUACCUGAAGAUGCUGUUUUACUUGAUGAUGAUCAUUUAAUAUUUAUUGCUUUAAUAAAUAUUGAAAAUCAAAUGCCUAUGUUAAAUAAUGGACAAACACGUUUAUCACCUGUUAUAUUAAUUGGUCCAUCAGAAAUAACAUUACUUAAACCAGCUGUUCUUUCAUUUGAACAUACAGCUGUAUUAGAAUCAUCAUGGAAAUUAAAUUUAAUGUUUAGUGAUGAUAUAUUCAAUUGGAAAACAAUUCUUACUUAUGGACAAGAAAAUAUUUCAACACCGGUUUAUUUACAAUUUAAUAAUCAACAACAAGCAUUUAUUUUAUUUGAAAGUAUGGGUGCAUAUGCAUUAAUUGGUGAAUCAAUUUCAAAACAUCAUCAUGCAUCAAAGUAUAUUCAAAUGGUUUCAUUUUUUAAUCGUUCAUCAACAACAACAGAAACAAAUUCAAAUGAAAUUAUAUCAACAUUACGUUUACGUUUUCUUGAUGCAACAACAGAUGCAUUAGAACGUUGUUUAACAGAAGAAUUUGCCUUACAAAAUUAUCUAUGUGAUCAACCAAAACAAUUUAUUUUACAUGAUUAUGAAGAUCAAAUAUGUAUUAAUGUUGAUUUAGAAUUAUCAUCAACAUCAAGAAUUAAUAUUGGAUAUAAAGAAAUAUCUUUGAAAACAUUUUGGUCAACAAGAUUUGAUCGUUCUUGUUUUAUAUUUAUUAUACCAAAUUUACAACUCGAUAAUGAACAUUCAACAACAACAUUUAUUGAUCAUUUAGCUAUGCAUAUCGAUGUUUAUCAACCAACGAUACUCGAUAGUGCAUUACAUACACGUUUAUGUGUUAAUACACAUAAUUUUCUUCACAAUUCUGGAUAUAAUAGUUCUUCUAUACGUCAACGUCAACCUACAAAAUCUACGAAAGAAAUAUCUAAAUUACCAUCGCUAAUUCGUCAAAAAUUAUGUGUAGUAUUAGAUCCACCUAAUUCACUUGGAAAUGAUUGGCGUAUGUUUGCAAAUAAUCUUCUUGGAAUAAAUUAUCUUCAAUAUUUUGCAACAAAAUCAAGUCCAACAGAACAUUUAUUAACAUUAUGGGAAGCUCGACAAGAAUCUCUUGUUAAUAUGAUCAAUGUACUUAAUCAAAUAGGUCGUAGUGAUGCUGCGUCUAUUAUUCUACAACAUUAA